AUGGUUCAAACAGAGAAGAAACGUGUAGCCAUUGUUGGCAGUGGGUGUGCCGGUCUGGGUGCUGCGUGGGCUUUGCAAAAUACUGACCAUGAGGUUCACAUCUUUGAGAAGUCCGAUCGCCUAGGAGGUCAUACGAAUACGCAGACAUUCACCCAUGGCAAACACUCUACACCUGUUGAUACUGGCUUCAUCGUUAUGAACUCUGCUACAUAUCCAAAUUUGAUCAGGUUUCUGAACCACGUCAAAGUUGAUAUUGUUCCUACCUUGAUGACAUUCAGUGUUUCUCGCAAUCAUGGUGAAUUUGAAUGGUCUGGUUCUGGCGAAGGCAUUUUCGCUCAAAGAGAGAACAUCUUCAAGCCUAGAAUGUGGCGUAUGAUCUUCGACAUCAUUCGCUUCAACCAAUUUGCUCUAGAUUUGCUCACCGAGGAUGACUCUUCGCGCACUGAUCAAACAAUUGGCGAUUACUUGAACGAACAAGGCUACUCACAAGCGUUCAAGGACGACUACCUCAUCCCAAUGACUGCCGCAGUGUGGAGCACCUCUCCAGACAAGACUAGUCUAGAAUUCCCUGUACUGACCCUUGUCCGCUUUAUGUGGAACCAUCAUCUGCUAUCAACCAUUGCAGCACGACCUACUUGGCUAACGAUCAAGGGAGGGUCUCAAAAGUACAUUGAUGCCAUUGUGCGCAGCUCCGACAAGAAGAGGUUCCACUUCCACACCUCGACUCCGAUCACUGGUGUGACAAGGAUGAACCAGAAUGGCAAGCCUGUGGUCGAGGUCAGCUACAAGAAUCCACUGAGCGGCACGCAAGAGUCGUCUACUUUCGACCACGUCAUCAUGGCUUGCCACGGAGACGAUAUCCUCCCUCUUCUCUCUGCAAAAUCGAGAGUGCCGCCAUCAGAAAAGGAGGAAGAAAUUUUAGGCGCGUUCCAAACUUCUGAGAACGUCGCAUAUCUACAUUCCGACCUUUCGUUGAUGCCAUUGAGGAGACAAGUCUUCACAGCAUGGAAUUAUUUAACGACUUCCGCACCAUCCAAGCUUGAACACCCAGCUGGUGUAAGCUUGACAUAUUGGAUGAAUUUGUUGCAGCAUUUGCCAGAGUCAAAAUUCGGUCCUGUACUUGUUACCAUGAACCCUCCUCACGAGCCUGCGCCAGAGCACACUCAGGGGAAGUUCAUCUACCGUCAUCCUCUGUACACACCUGCAGCUGUCAAGUCGCAGAACAGACUGAACGAGAUUCAAAAUACGUCAGGCAUCAGUUAUUGUGGAGCCUGGACAAAAUAUGGUUUUCACGAGGACGGCUUCAGCAGCGGCCUCAAGGUCGCAAUCGAUCAUCUUGGAGCGACUCUGCCAUUUGAGUUUAAGGACUCGACUUUCUCCCGAGGCAAAGCACCUCAAUUGAACUCGACUGACCACGCAGUGCGUGCUGCAAUCAUUUGGAUCAUGAGAUUUGCUCACCUAGUGCAUUUCUUCUUGUCCCUGCCACCGGUGGCAUUUGUGCUAUCGAUCUACCUGGGUCUUCUCGACAGGAUCUUGGGUAUCAAGAUCAAGGUCGAGUAG